UCACCUUUUCCUCUUCUGGCAGAGUCCUGUUUACUCUACAUAAUGACACACCGAUCAUGUGAGUCAUCUUCAUAUUUCCAUAGGAGACGGAUGUCAUUUGUCACCAAUAGAAAGAGAUCUGAAGAAUAGAGAUCUGACAGAGUAAUCAAUCGAAUCAGUAUGAACAAGGAUCGGCACUGAUCUAUUGUCAUCAAUGUAUCUCACCUAACCUUACACAAUGUGCAUGCAUACCGCAAUAUAUUGUAACUUCUCUUUCUUUGCCUGUGUCUUAUUCUUCAGACUACACGACAACUGCUCCUCCACACAGCAGACUAAUAAUCUUCUCGAGCAAAAGAUUCAGUCAGUGGCUCAGAGUAUGGAAGGAGAACGUGAGAGGUUGAACCAGCGUAUUUCAGCACUGACAGAGCAGAUCGCUGAUGCGAAAUGUGCGGAAACAUUCAGUGUUACAUCAGUGCUAAACAAGACUGACCUUCAUUUUCAGUCAGCUGAUGCCACUAAUCCGAUGGUUCCUCCCAUCACUCCCCCUCCGGCACAGUUCAUGGACAGCCAUACUAACUACGAAAAGGCCAAAGGCAGCGGGCAGGAUCAAUCGCUGGGGCCGGUUCCAGAGGAGGAGGAAACUGACUGGUCAGAGAAGGGAGACGAGACCCCACGAUUCAUACCGACAGGAUCGAACCAAGGUCACGUAUGGAGACACCAGGAAGCGGAUGUCGACAAAGACAGCGAGUCGGGGGGUGGGGAAAUUGUCAGGCAACCCUCUCCAUGCCCACUGCAGAAACCUCAUCUCCAGUUCACCAUUCACAGCGAGAACCUGUCUGACGGCGUGACAGGCGAGGGCACAUACAGGGUCACCACAAGUCCGAACCUCGGCUCCGCCGUCCUGAUCCGGUCAGCUAGCCUGGAGGAACUGCCCCUGGCUCGCCACCACAUGCAGAAGGAGCUGCGAGGUACGGAGGCCAUGAUGGACCUCCACCACCAAGGGCACGAAGCUAUCGAGGAUUUAGAUAAUGAGAUAAUUCAUUACUGGAGAUCGAGCAGCGACCGGCCGAUAGAAAGCAGGACAUCAGAGACAGAUAGCAGCCUGGCCAGCCUGGAGUCCGCCGAGCGGAUGCUCAGUCAAUUCAUAUGUGGAUCGCAGCCCGGUGAAGGGCAUGGCAGGGCCGAGGUGCACGGCCGGACGGGAGGGAUUCCAGACGAGGUGUUGAAAGGGGAGCGAACACAGCUGUGACGGAUACAUCAGUGCACUGUUCACUGUGUCUGGAAUACUAAGUUACUUUGAUCUUUAUUUAGUCUAAACAAUUCAAAAGAAGCUCUUUUUCAGUGGCUCGGUGGUUCAGCCCCUCUAGUUGACAUGUCGUUUGAGGAAACAUGACCUUUGAGUCGAAACUGCAAGAUGUACAGUUUUCACUUUGUUGCAAACUUUUCAGACAGCUCAUUGGGCUUCCUCAGUUGUUCUUUUUAAUGCAAACUGCUCUUAAAUAGACACAUAUUUCAAGUUUGAAACAAGCCUCUAAAACUAGAGAUCAAUACAACCAACAUUUGUAAAGUGAAAUUGGUGGCAGAUUAACAUAAUAUAUUUAAUCAUAAAUAAUAUUUUUCUUUACCUUGAGCUUAGAUUUGGUCUUUUAAUGGAAAAUGCAAAUGUAUAUUUUUGUUGUGUAUAUAUAGAGAGAUACAGGCAUUUCCUUACACGUUGUUAGUUUGUUACAUAUUAUUCUGUUUGCUUUAUUGCAUAUAACAUUAUUUUUUAAGCGUCUCUGUGUAUUUAGAAAAGCGUUAUAUAAGUUUGAAUUAUUAUUAUGUAUAAAUAUAUAGUGUAUUUAUUGUGUAGGUAGACAUGCAUUGUUGAAUGCAUUGUUUAAUGCUACGUACAAAAAGUGUUGAGUAUAACAACAAAAAUAAAAUAAAACAUCCCAAAAAAUUGGGGUAAAGUUUGUUUCAGUGUUUUCCUGCUAAUUGAUUUUCCUGUUUUAAAAUGUAAUCAUAGCAUGUACUGUAUACAAUAUGGUAUACUUAUAAAUACAGUUAUGAAAUAGCUUUAAAUAUGUGCAUAUGAAAACUAUUGUCCUGUGUUUGUGAAGACGUGUAUUCCCUCGAAUGAGCCUUCGAAUUGAACACAUUUCACAAGAUUAUGUAAAUGUCAUCUGUAUAACUCUGUCCAUGUAACAUUUAAUAAACCAA